AAUUGCAACCAUUUUGCUGUCGUGUGGUGUUUCGGAGUGGAGCUGAGAUUUAACGAAUAAAUAAAAACGCGAAAUUAGACCCCCUCCGGCAAUGGAAAGCAUUGUCAGUGAUGUUGCAGUUGGCAUGAAGAGAGGCUCAGAUGAUUUGAAUCUCUACAGCACCAGCCCUAACUCUGUGACUGAUAACGGCAAUGACAGCAGUAAGAAACUGAGAGUGGAGGACAGGAUGGAGAGUCCCCCUUCCCGCGUGCUCCACAUCAGGAAGUUGCCCAGCGAGGUGUCAGAGACAGAGGUCAUCGCCCUGGGCCUACCAUUCGGCAAGGUCACCAACAUCCUCAUGCUGAAAGGAAAAAAUCAGGCGUUCCUGGAGUUGGGUACGGAGGAGGCGGCUGUUACCAUGGUGAACUACUACACGGCGGUGAUGCCUCAGGUCCGCAACGUCCCCGUGUUCAUCCAGUUCUCUAACCACAAGGAGCUGAAGACAGACAGCACUCUCAACCAGCGCGCACAGGCUGUCCUCCAGGCCGUGUCGGCAGUGCAGGAUGGUGGCUCUCCCAACUCUGACAACAGUACGCUGGACAGUGUUCUAGCCCAUGCCCCCAGCCCUGUACUCAGGAUAAUCAUCGACAACAUGUUCUACCCCGUCACUCUGGACGUCCUCCAGCAGAUCUUCUCCAAGUUUGGAACAGUCAUGAAGAUCAUCACGUUCACCAAGAACAACCAGUUCCAGGCCCUGCUCCAGUUCAGCGAACCAGUCAACGCCCAGCAAGCCAGACUGUCCCUGGACGGCCAGAACAUCUACAAUUCCUGCUGCACGCUGCGGAUCGACUUCUCCAAGCUGGUCAACCUGAACGUCAAGUACAACAAUGACAAGAGCCGGGACUACACCCGGCCCGAGCUCCCUGCCGGCGACGGCCAGCCCACAGUAGACCCUGCCAUGGCCGCCGCCUAUAACAAGGACUCCUCCCUGCUCGGUACCCCCUCUGGAAUGGGAGCGCCCUACUCUAAUGGUGGAGGGUUUCAGUCUUCUCUCUCCCUCUCGCAGGGCGGAGGAGCCAUCAAUCCAAUGAGUGCUGCGGCUGCAGCGGCGGCGGCUGCAGGGAGGAUGGUGCUCUCCGGACACUCCGGCUGCAGCGGCGUGCUCCUGGUCAGCAACCUGAACGAAGAGAUGGUUACGCCCCAAAGUCUGUUUACCCUCUUCGGGGUGUACGGUGAUGCUCAGCGCGUGAAGAUCCUCUACAAUAAGAAGGACAGUGCUCUUAUCCAGAUGUCGGACGGGAACCAGGCCCAGCUCGCGAUGAGCCACCUGAAUGGCCAGAAGAUGUACGGGAAGAUCAUCCGUGUGACGCUUUCCAAGCACCAGGCAGUGCAGCUGCCCAGGGAAGGGCUGGAUGACCAGGGCCUAACCAAGGACUUCACCAAUUCCCCACUGCACCGGUUCAAGAAGCCCGGCUCCAAGAACUUUCAGAACAUCUUCCCUCCUUCCGCCACGCUCCACCUCUCCAACGUCCCGGAGGAUGUGACGGAGGAGGAUCUGCGACUGCUGUUCUCUAAUGCUGGUGGCAUUGUGAAGGCCUUCAAGUUUUUCCAAGGCCACAAAAUGGCGCUACUCCAGAUGUCCACGGUGGAGGAGGCCAUCCAGGCCUUAAUGGACCUCCACAACUACGACAUGGGCAGCAACCACCACCUGAAGGUCUCCUUCUCCAAGUCCACCAUCUAGAGGAGCCACGCCACCACAAUCCAACCCCCUCCUUGACUAAUUUCAAUUACAAUCCAACCCCCUCCUUGACUAAUUUCAAUUUGUGGUGCUCACCUGUUCAUAGUCCCCACAGGGAAUACCAUCGUGACCCUCACCUCCUAGAGGGAAACUUCUCAAUCAGACAAUAUUAAUUAUCAAAAGCCCCCCCACUACUAGUUGUGACGGUAGUUUGUACAAUGUCGUUGUUGUAAAACAAGCCCCAUCUAGGUCCCCUUAUCCCUCUCGACCUUAGUUUGUGUGGUAGGCAAGCUCCCUUCCCAUGUUCAUCAUGAAGAGGAAUUGUAUUCCCUCUUUUAUUAGAAUGAAUCAGCAAAAAUGUGCCUUACUCAGCAAAAUAUUAUCAUCGUUUUGCCUCCUUACGGUUCUACAAGUGAUGGUCUAGGCACAUUCUGUUUGGUUGUUUUCUUUUUGUUUUCGCUCCAUGUGUACAUUACUGGAUGUUCGCCAGAUUUUAUAGCUUCGAUUUUAAAACAUUUUUCAUAAUGUAGGCGAGGGACCUGAUUAACGGACUUAGAUGAAGAAGCCCAUCUUCAGUUGGUUGGCUUAUUUUUAAACAACUCCCCGGGCAGAGCGAUUUUAAUUUAAUUUUUUUCUCCCCCCCAUGUUGAGGAUUACUGUAAAGGCUGACACCAUUGUACAUUUCACCUGCUGAGGACAUUCGCUUAGAUGUUCCCUUGCUGUCUGUUUUUCAAACCUUAUUUGCAUAUACAUAAUUGUUUGAUUUGAUUGAAAAUGGCAGUGAAUUGUUUUGCUCGUGUACUGAUAGGUCAUGGUAGUAGUGAAGACAUGUUGCUGUUGCAUGCGUCCAACAUCGAGUUAGGCAAUGUGGUCAUAACGAAGUAUGAUUGUACAUGAGGAUGGGCUGACUGUUGGGGACCAAAGUAAAUGUGCCUUUUAGACCUACUUUGAUUUAUGUUUUCAUUUACAAAAACAAAUGUGGGUUGUGUUUUGAUUCGGGGGGGAACACUAAUCAAAGUCAAACAGUCCCCGAAUGUUUCUCCUUGAUUUCAACGAUAUUCUGAGCGGUUUUUGGUAAAGGAUUUUACCUUUACACCACACCUCCAGUAAAAACUGAACACAAAAUACAGUAAAUUAAAAAGGUUAGGAAUGUGUGGAAAAAGGUUGUAUAUUUUCUACAUGGAUUGAGUUUUUACAUAUAGUUUGGAAAAGGCACAAUUAAAAGCUAAUUUUCUA